AUCUUAAGGGAAAGUGGCAGAAAGUAGUGUAAUUUUUAUUACGAGGGUCCGUGCUUUGUUUUUGACGGUGUUUACAAUUUUUGAAUUUAUAUUUAAUAAUAAUUGAAUAGAAGCAGGUGAACUAAUUUCAUUGAUUUAUCGUAGCUCGAUAAGAUAAUCUAUUCCAGCCUUCACUCGGUGCUACAUUUCUUUAAAACCUUGUGCGGCAAUCAAGUUCCCGAAUAAGUUUCGUCCAUUCAUUCAACAUAUCAUUUUCAGUAGUUAAAGAUUGUAUGAUUUGAACGGUGGUCGUAGCUCUCGUUUCGUCACAAGUGGCUAACAUGGCUAAGUUUAUAUUGCAAGAAACUUUUAAUGAUGCAGUCAAAGAGAAUAUCGUGGAAUUUUCAAUGAGUCCAGACGAAGCCAGGGAGGAAACUGUAAAACAAUUUGAAGCUCAGGGAGUCAAUUUGGGCAACAUUAUAAAGGAUCUAACUUUCAAUGGCGAAACUGGUCAGCCAAUACUUAAGGAAGCAUUAGAUAGGCUGAAAGGACAUAUAUCAACCGAAAGUCCACUCGAAACUCCAGUCUUGAUAAACAAUUUAGAAAUCCUUGAAUCGGAAUGUAAUAAGUCCGUGCCACACCGUGUAUUGGCAGGCAAAUUAGCAGCCCAUGAAGUCUUAAUUUCAAUACUUGAAAAGGAAAUAUCAAAACCUGACUUAAAUACGGAUUUACUACACAAAGCAUUAGUAGCCGCAAUCGCGUUAACCAACCAUCAGCCAGAUAUAUUCGAUGCCGAAGACUUGGCAAUUGCAAUAAAAAUACUCGAAACACAAAAGGAUCCAAUUCUAAUUCGUGAUGUUCUGCAAUGGCUUGCCAAAUGUUGUAUUAUGCACGAAAUGAACAGACAAAGUAUAGUAGGGGCUGAUGUUAUAGACAAAUUGAAGCCGUUGAUCCGACUGAAAAAUGCCGAGAUUUUACGUGAUGUUUGUACCGUAUUUCGAUGUCUUGUUCUAGACGAUGACAUUCGGGUUGAAUUUGGACAUGCCCAUGAACAUGGAAAACUCUUAGCCAAUGCAGUUCUGAUAGAUCUCACAAAACUUCUUUCAGAGUACGAAGAUAAGAACGUUAUCUGUGAUAUACUUCUGACUAUUGCCAGUUUGAUUGUUCGACAUGAGUUUUGUGUAAUGGUUGAAGAUGCUGGAGGUUUGACAUUUGCCCUGGAUUUAUUGAAAAAGUACCCCGAAUCCUUGAAGGUUUGCGGAGAAUCUCUCAAGUUCCUUCGAGCUUUAGCAGGACACGAUGGUGUUAAGCACCAUAUUGUGCAACAAGGGGCUGCUCCGUUAAUACACAAUGUGCUUAACAUACACAAGAAAAACGAGACUCUUGCUAAAGUUGCGCUAAUUUGCGUUUCCACCCUUACAUUAAGAGUGAAGGAGAACAGCUUAGCAUUCUUCGAAACAGCUAUUCCGGAAACAAUUGUUGAGACAAUGAAAAUUCAUGCCAACAGCAAAAUUGUUCAGCGAAAUGCAGCUUGGGCUAUUCGGAACAUGGUGUCUAGGUGUCGAGACCAAUGCGAGUCAUUCCUAAGUUGUGGUGCCGAAGACUUACUCAAUGCUGCCAUGACUGCGCACCCAACAAUUCAACAAGACUUGAAAUCAGCUCUACGUGAUUUAGGCUGCAAAGUCGAUUUGAAGGAAGAAUGGACCGGCACGGCAAAGAUAAAGAUCGCGAAUUAGAAGAAGAGAACGCAGAUUGGAAGGUUGGAAAUUCAAUGAAUAUCAAUUGCGACGUAUGCUUGGCUUUUGAAGCGCGCUUUCUUUGAUUUGUACUGUUAGAAGUUAAUAUUAUUUAUAACCGACUGAUGUUUUUAAUAUUCACGAGGAAAUACAAGAAGAUAUAAUUCGCGGUGUCCAUCGUUUGGUUGUAAUGCAAGACUAGUCUUCGUGUUGACCUUUGAAACAUUUUUAUGCAAAAAAAUACGAAGAUGGUGAAAAAAAUUGGUAACUUACGCCAAAAACUAGAUAACAGCCUUGAGCUUACCCACAAUACGGAUCGAGAUGGGUGCAUCGCAGCGUCCUAUAAAACCUGGAUCAAUUUUCCAUGUUUUUAUCCUCAAUUUUCCAGUAAUAUUGCGUGAUACUAAUGAUCAAAAAAAUAUAUAUGUUAUCGGAAGUAAUAUAUUAGUCUUAGUCCAGCAAUAUGCUAACAUUUUCAUACUUAAUUGAUAUCAAUGAAAAAAAUAGAUAUUAAUACAUUUUCACUAUU